AUUCCUCAGAAAUCUAGGGAUUGACCCGUUAUCUCUGAGUCUCCGUUUCGUUGCUCUAAAUUGGCAAAUUCCUUGGAUCCAGGCAAAAUUCACGAUGAAUAUCUUCAGAUUUGCAGGCGAUAUGACUCAUUUGAUCAGCAUCUUAGUGCUGCUCCUCAAAAUCUAUGCUACCAAAUCUUGCUCAGGGAUUUCGUUGAAGACUCAGGAGCUAUACGCAUUGGUGUUUAUAGCUCGGUACGUGGAUCUGUUCACCGAGUUCAUAUCUGUGUACAACACCAUAAUGAAGAUAGUGUUCAUUGCGAGCUCUCUUGCAAUUGUUUGGUGCAUGAGAAGGCAUCCUGUCGUGAGGCGUUCCUACGACAGGGAACUUGACACAUUUCGCCAUUACUUCCUUAUUGUGGCAUGCUUGGUUUUGGCACUUCUGGUACAUGAGAAGUUCACAUUCCGAGAGAUCUUUUGGGCAUUUUCAAUAUACUUGGAGGCAGUUGCGAUUCUUCCCCAGUUAAUUUUGCUGCAAAGAAGUGGAAAUGUGGAUAAUUUAACUGGACAAUAUGUAUUCUUUCUGGGAGCUUACCGUGCCCUUUACAUUCUCAACUGGAUCUAUCGCUAUUUCACAGAGCAGCAUUUCAGUCGAUGGAUAGCUUGCGUCUCUGGUAUUGUCCAAACAGCUCUCUAUGCAGACUUUUUCUACUAUUACUUCAUUAGCUGGAAGAACAACGCUAAGCUUCAGCUGCCAGCUUAAGCCAAGCGAAGAUGUUUCUAAAAACUUUCAACACUGCUAUAAGCUUCUUUUACUACUUUUAAGUGACAUACUGGUUGGCUACAUUCAUACUUGUAUUGUUGUUUGAGAAGAAACUACAUGGUUUAUGGUCCUUGUAGCUUGAGCCCCUUCCAGUGAUUUUUAACUUGUAAGGAUGGGAGGCUGAGAAGGUGGAGUGAACUAACAUUGUAGUCUGUAGAUGGACAUAAAUUGUACCAAUACCAUUAAUCGAAUUGCCAGAUCCUGGUGAUUCUACUUCUGUUUUUCCUGUUUCAUUUAUUUGCAAUAUAGCCUAAAAAGGAAA